AUGCGGUCUGGUCUCUUGGAUGACGUUGACGCCUUGCACCCUCCCUCCCUGCGUGGCGUGGUUUGCGGCCAGGCCAGCAGCAAGCCGAAAGUUUGCAACCUUCUCUCGCGUUGCAGCAUUUCGUGCCCCCACCCCACGUUGAGCGAGGAUUGCAGCCAGCCCUCGCACGAGAUGGGCCCUGUUGCGCGCUCGACGCUCGACCCGGGUGGCAGCAGCGGCAAGGACCCUCGUGCGCCAGAACGACGGGCCCGUGAACCACAAAGACCCCCUUCGUCAUGA